AUGGACGCCGUUGUUGGCUUGGAAGAGCUAUUUGCUGCGCAUUCGGCCGUGCCUGCCUUAGACGUCUUGCAGCACCUCCGAAAGGACGUCGGCCAGCAGCAAGCUCAAGCGCUGCUGAACAUCCACCGGGAAUAUCUACAGCUGAGCAGGUGUAGUUUUGGACGUCGGGGCCGACCAUCUUACGCAUUGCGCACUGAAGCCGACGUGCAGCGUCUAUGCAGUAUCGCCAAAAUAUCCGAUGAAGACACGGCGCGUUUCUGGGCGACAGAUGUCGGUCAGCGUUUACGUGGUCCGCAUGGCGCCGCAGCCGUCCGUGAGGCGAAUACACAUGAUGGCAGCGUGCGUGGCGACGUCAGCGAUACCGGUACGACCAACACGUCAUCCAUGCGUAUCGAUGAACAACCAACCGGCGUUCACGUUGGGAAUGCCGAGCCAUCCAGCAGCACCGGCCAACUCCGGGUGCCCCUAUAUGCUCGCAGCGACAUUAGCAACUGUGCUGUCGUGCCGCUCGAUGCCCACACAACGUGUUUGGACUGCAUGCGACAUGGCCUCAUUGCCGCGGGCGCCACUGAUGUGCCUGCGCCUGAAAUUCUGCUGGCGACCGUGGUGGCCGCCAUUGCCGAGUGUUGGGAGUCGAUGCGCUUUCAAGUGCUACACACCCAUGCCAGCAGCCUCCCCAGCACUUGCACGGCGACACAAUAUGGUGAAGCCCUACAGCAGCACCGGCUGCUGCCAGGCGAUGUGGAGCUGGCGGUUCUUGCCCAUGCUUUCAACAUUGCGAUCACAGUGUUUGACCCGGCUGGGCUGCAGAUCUGCUACUGGGGCUCCAGCUCAGCGCCAACAGAAGUGUGCCUCAUCCGGCAGGCGGGCCUCGCUGGCGCCCCCUUGCCUUACCGCCUGCUGGAUAUGGUGCCGGGUGUGUGGACAGGGCAACGCCGCCAGCAUCUUGUCGUGGCUUGUCGCGCGGUUGGCCUCUGCAUGUCAGAAACACCGUCAGCCGAGCGGGCUGGUCAAGUGUGUGCUGUCCUGCAGGCGAUGGACAGCCGCUUUGAGGUCACUGUGCAGCAGGUGUUGGUGGAAUGGGCUGAUCAGCACGAACCUGCGGUUCAGCAGCAGCCCCCGCAGCGGCAGCGGCAGGAGCAGCAGCAAAGGCGUCAGCAGCAGCACCAGCCACAGCAGCGCAACCGGGUCGCUGCACAGCCAACACGCCAGCAGCACCAUCGACCAUCUGACGGACCAUUGCCCAGUCCUGCUGUAACAGAUGCUGAGCAACACAUUCCUGGGUACUUCGGAGCAUCCUGGCGCAGUGGCCCCGGCCACAGACUUGGCAUCUCUGACCGGCUCGCGGCUUGGAGCGCUGUCACAAGCAUGCUGCUGGCCAGUGCACUUGUGGUGUGCGCCAUGUGCGGAGUCACCAGCACCGAUUUGCACGAUGACCUCAAGCGCUGGGCCACUGUGGAGCCUGUCGGUGCUGGCAUUGCGCCAUACUCAUUCCACAACAGCUUGCAUGCCGGCAGCACAACCACACACGAAGGCCUGUGGCACCUGUGUCCGCACUGUGCUCCAUUGUAUCCAGCGAACAGUGGCAAUGAGCGAGCAGAGUAUCUGGUCUUCCAUCCACCAGACUAUACCAAGGCCAUCGUGUCCUUGGACGCCAUUGACCAACUGCGGAUAGGCCUAGUGGAUGUUGGACUUGGCUUCUUUUCAGCGGCCUUUGGAUUUGUUGCCGGCAAGCUUCGGCAGCAGCAUUGCAUGGAAGCGCUGGUCCUGGAUUGGGCACGCGACUCCACACGCCGCGUCAACACGCUGCCCCCGGCACUGCAGGAGGUGCUGGGAUGGAGCGUGCAGCACAACCCGCUCGUCAGGGAGUUCCUCACCGUUGCUGAACAAGUCCCGCCCAAUCACCCAUUGCCAUACCUUUGUCCAGCUGAUGUGCAAUCGUUUGUCGCCAGUGAGCAAGCCUGCAAACCACUUGUGCUGGCCACCCUGGACGCAGCAGAGGCAGCUCGCUCACUCAUAUCGGUGGUUGUGCCUGCCAUCCAGCGUGCAGCCAUGAAGCAUGCACCCGUGAUGUACACCGCGGGAACAUUGGUUCCGUGGUCGCCCACUCUGCCCGAGCUCAACCUGGCUGUUGCUGCAGACGGGACCCCACUGGACUAUCAGUUUGGCCUGUCUGCGGAGAUGGCCAUGUUCCCCUAUCUGUUUCCCUUUGGCUUUGGCGCAUUUAUGGGCGGCACGACCUUGGUCAAGUACUUAGCAUACCGUGCCAAGUGCCUCUUCAGUGUGUGGACAUUGUGCAAGCCGUACUUGCUGCUCAUGUAUGUGCUUCGCCAGAGUGCCCGGCUGCAGGAUCAAAAUACAGAGGCCGUGCUGGAGAGUGCGCUCCUGGACUACAAGUCCCAGCACCCUAACGUGAGUGACGAGGACGCCAUCCGUCACAUUCUCAAGCACAAGCUGCCGGCCACGUUGCCCAACACGCCUGCAUGGCACCGCAGCAACCUGCAAGAUUUGCUGUGCAUGGUGGACCGCUUUGGCAUGCCGUCAUUCUUUCUCACGCUCACAACCGAUGAAGUGUCUGCCACACGCUGGCCCGAAGUCGAGACGCUGGAGCAAAAGCUGCAGGAACCAUCACAAGCGCCACCGUCCGUGCUGUGUGGGCUAGGCGAGCGUGGCUGGGGCGUCAUCGUCAUCGUCUUGGACUGUGACGGCGGUGGGCGUGUGGGCGCUGCCGGCACGUCGCCGCCUCAUUGCGUAGAAGGCCGGGCUGGCGGAAGGCGGCCCGCACAGCACAUUGUAGCCGCCCGGCCCCCUAGCCUUGAACUGCGCGAUGUAGAAGGCCUCCAUCCGUUGGGCCAGUGCGGGAUUGGCGGUGGACAUGAGGCGCAUGAGCGAGAAGUGGUCAUGGAAGGGUUGGUAGCGGCUGGCGUCCUCCUUCAUCCAGCUGGGUGGGUUGCGGGCAUGAGCUUGGAAGCGACGUUGAGGGUCCCGGGACUGGCCGACGUACACUCUGCCGGUGGGAGCGCACGUGAUGGUAUACAGUCACGUGCGGGCGGGGGCACUGGAAUCUGGCUCGGCGGGGCUGCUAGCGGCUCGCUUGGCUGGCGUGGUUGUGGUCAGGAGGGCGCCCGACGCUCACGCCUGCUGCGCGGCCGUCAGCACCGAGCGCGCGAACUCCUGGUCCGCCUUGAGGACGGUGCCCGUGUCCAUGCCGUAGUCAUAGAUGAGCUCUAUGGCGGUAUCUGCUCGCAGGCUGCCGGCAGCCACGAUCCACAGCUGCAUGACCGCCGCAUGCGUCGCCAUCGCACGGUCCGGCAUGUCGCCUUCGUGUAUUGCUGCUGUGAUGUUGUACAAGUACGCUGCAGGGGCAUGGAGGGAGGGAGGGUGGAUGUGAGGUUGGCGGGAUGUCGGGACGGAAGUGGAGGCAUGGAGGGGCGAGGCGUGACAGGAAUGGAUGCCGUGGCCACAUGGCCGGACAGUUGGAGAGCGGGCACGGGGGACGGCAGCGGGUGCAAGCGAGGAAGGGGCGGCAAGGCAGCACGACUUACUGCUGGCGGGCUUGGCAUCGUGCUGCUCCAGGAAGUCGUCCCUGUACUUUCGGGCCUCGGCCAGGAGCACGUUGAACUCGGCAUUGGUGUGGUUAGCGCGCAGGACGUCCUCGGCGUGACAUCCCAUGCUUCCCAAGAGCAGCUGCUGCCUGACGGUACGAGGGGCAGCAGCAGGGCGUGUCAGGAUGGUGGAUGCACGGGACAGGCGGAGUGGCGCGUGGGCGCGCAGCAGGAAUGGCAUGCGUGCUGUGUGGCAGGGUCGGCGAUGUUGACGGGCGGCUUGGCUGACGCGCCGGCGGAAGAGCCCGACGGCAGGCUCGGCGAAGGCGCGCCGUAAGCGCCCAAGUUGGUGGGCGGAAGGGACUGUUGCGGGAGUUGGGAUGGGCGAGCCAGUUUGGGAGGCAUGUUGAUCGCGGUUACCAAAGUAGAACUGGGGUCAGCGAAGCGAGAGGCUGGCUGGCUGCCGACCGCGAAAGCGAGUUCGGUAUAUAAGCUUAAAAAUGGAAAGAGGAGAAUGUAUGGAAAAGAAGGCGACACAGGCCUGCAUUUAUACAAGUCGCGGCACCGUACAAACCGGACGCUUCAAGGGGGCGGGCUGAAUCGGAAGAGCGCCGGAGCGCGGUCAGUACGUCUUCGCAGGGUGAGCAUGGGCGUCGGCAGCUGCGGUAACGGGUGGGGCGCUGGGACAAGUGGAAUGCGGCAAUGAAAAAAGCGCCAUGGAAAUGGCAGGCGGACAAGCGGAAAUGUGAAAGCGGCGUGUUGCUCCCAGCACAGCGAAAAGCUGUUGCAUUCCAGGAGCGGCGUGCAGCUCGCCCGCUCAGUUGUGAAUGCGAGGUCGGACAGGAUUGGGGUGUAAAGUAUGGAAUGAAUCAAAGUGCGCUAGGUGGUGAGGAGACGGGACUGGGGACAUGGUGCUGACGGCGCUGCACAAGUGCAUGGACGUGAAUAAACUUUUGGAAAGGGGCUAUGUUAUGAAGCGCG